AUGGUUGUUUUGAUCUCCACAAACGGAGUAGCAUCAAUGAAUUUGCAUGAGACCUCUUCAAUAUCUGAUAAAACAGUAAAUGUUGUUGGUGACAAGUGCAGCAAGUUAAGUAUUGAAAUAAGCCAAAAUAUGACUGGCCUAAUUGGUGGUAUUCCAGAACACAGCGUUGUGAUUGCAAAUACAUGUGUGAGUGAUUGUGUCAUCUCUAAUAUUCAUGUUGCAUGUGGCAAGUUCAGUUCUGCGAUACUUAUCAACCCAACAACGUUUAAGCGUCUCGAAUACAAUGAUUGUCUUGUUAAUAAUGGACAACCUUUAUCUGGAGGAGCUGUUAUUUCCUUUAAGUAUGCUAAUACAUUUCCUUAUGAGCUCUCUGUUUCUAACGCAAUGGUAGUUUGUAAAUGA